AUGUCGUUUCUGGGAGGAUCGGAGUGUGCUGCCAACGCCAAUCCUCUGGCGCAGUUCUUCAAGCAGUCGCAGCACGACACGUCGCUUGAGCAGGCGCUCCGCAACGGCGCUCACGAUACGCGUCAGAGUGCUCAAAUCAGAGCACCUGUUGCCAUGAAAGAGGCAGAAAGAGCACACAUGGAGCAGUUUAUGACCCAGGGCGCGCCGUUCAACUUUCAGCCGAUGGCGAACGAGCUGCGCAUGAUCCAGCAUGACCGGCAAACGCAGGCCGCCCCUGCUUUGAGUAGCCCGCGUGCGCAGAACCAGGUGCCUUUGCAAGUCCACGGACAAGGGCGGCCGCAAGUUUCCGGGUGGGCUUCGGAGUUUCAGAGCACGGCCGCGUCGCAGGUUACCCACAGUCCGUCUCCAGUUAGCCAGACCUCGAUGAGGCCGAUGGGGAUGGCUCCACGGUUGCAGUUGAGGCCAUUCACGACUGCGAACGGGCUAAUGCAGACCAGCAGCAUGACAAAUAGCUUGGUGCAAGAGGACACAAGCCAGCAGGUGGACUGGGAGCAGCAGUUCAAGGAGAUGGAGGAGAUGGAGGAGGCCACGGCGGAGACGCAGCAGCCAGUGGAGGAGACGGUUUCUGCACAGGAGAGCGCGUUUGACCAAGUGUGGGAUAACAUCCAGGAGACCUACGCGGACAACAUGCUAAGCAACGACGAGUUCCAGGCGCAGUGGGAGAAAGAUUUCGAAAAGUACGCACAGACAAGGUUGAAUUACGGCGAGUACACUUUCGAGGAGAAUAACCAGUUCCGGAACAACCCGGACGCCUACGAGAUUGGCAUCAAGCUGAUGGAGAGCGGUGCGAAACUCAGCGAGGCUGCGCUGGCUUUUGAGGCUGCUGUCGAGCAGAAUCCCGGCCACGUCGAUGCGUGGCUGCGUCUCGGCCAGGUUCAGACCCAGAACGAGAAAGAGCUUGCUGGAAUAGCAGCGCUGGAGAAGUGCCUGGAGCUGUCGCCUCAGAAUCUUGUUGCGCUCAUGACUCUGGCAAUCUCGUAUAUCAACGAAGGGUACGACAACGCAGCUUUUGCUACGCUGGAGAGAUGGAUCGAGACCAAGUACCCGGAGGUUGCCGAGCGCGCACGAAGCGCGAACCCGGACAUCCAGGCGGACGACCGGUUCUCGCUGAACAAGCGUGUGACACAGUUAUUCAUCAAGGCCGCGCAGCUGUCUCCCGAGGGGGCCAACAUGGACUCCGAGGUCCAGACGGGGCUUGGGGUGCUGUUCUACUCCAUGGAGGAGUACAGCAAGACGCUGGACUGUUUCCAGGCGGCCAUCGAGCACAAUCCAAAUGACGCACUGGCCUGGAACCGGCUGGGAGCGUCGCUGGCGAACUCGAACAAGCCUGAGCAGGCGAUCGAGGCGUACUCGCGCGCUUUGCAGCUGAACCCAAACUUUGUGAGAGCAAGGUACAACCUGGGUGUUUCCUUCAUCAAUAUGGGGAUGUAUCGCGACGCUGUGGAUCACCUGCUCACAGGACUGAGCAUGCACGAGGUGGAGUCGCUUGACGGGUCUUCAUCUGUGGCCCGUAGCAACCAGUCGACGAGUUUGAUCGAGACGUUAAAGCGUGCGUUCCUGGCGAUGGACCGGCGCGACCUGGUUGACAAGGUGAAACCCGGCCUUAACGUGGAGUCGUUCCGGAGAACCUACGAUAUAUAG